AUGGGUGGCUGUGUGGCUUGCUACAGAGAACCCAGAUCAGCUGAAACUCUGAAGGAUCCACCACCACCAUCCAAUCCCAAAGCUCAAACGUGUAAGAAACCGAGUGUUGUCUCUGAAGAUUUCUGGUCAACAAGCACAGUUGAUAUGGACAACAUCACUUUCCCUUCUCAGGGGAGCAUGUCAUCUAACCAGACUUUUGAUUCUCAAUCUGGUGCCAGAAACACAAGUGCCCCUCCUGAAUUUGUAAAUCAAGGUCUUCUUCUUUGGAAUCAGACGAGGGAGCGUUGGGUGGGGAAGGAAAGAUCCAGUAACCAACCGGAUCGCAAUCCAGGACCCAAGUUAAAUUGGAACGCUGCAACGUAUGAUAGCUUGCUAGGGAGCAACAAGUUGUUUCCACAACCCAUUCCUCUCACUGAAAUGGUGGAUUUUCUAGUGGACGUUUGGGAACAAGAAGGUCUAUAUGACUGA